AUGGCUUUGACCGAUCACCCAAAAGCCUACGGCACUGCUGCCGUAGCAUUUGCCUUCACAGCAGGCAUCCUCGUCACGCUUGGCUUCAAAGACUUCUACCCUGACCUCGAGCGUCGGUACCAGCGCAAGAUCCGGUCUGCCAAGGGCCCUCUGGCCUCAUCCGGGGCGCCAAGUACAGGCAGUGCCUCUGUUGCGCGUAGAGACAGCAUCUUUUGGGGACCACCUGUACAACUCGAGGACCACGAGGCGAAUCCCGACAUUCACCACGAUGAGAUCGCAUCCGAGGGUAUCGAGGCCUGUAUAGGCAACACGCCGUUGAUCAAGAUCAACUCGCUAUCGGAGGCAACGGGGCGCACAAUCUUAGCCAAGGCCGAGUUUCUCAAUGGCGCAGGCAACAGUCCGAAAGAUCGUGUGGCAUUGAACAUGAUUCGCGAGGCCGAAGCCCAGCGUCUGCUCACACCUCAUCGAGGCGAUACUAUAUACGAAGGGACUGUUGGUAGCACUGGUAUAUCACUGACGACAUUGGCACGAGCCAAGGGAUACAGGGCGCACAUUUGCAUGCCAGACGACCAGAGUUUUGAAAAGUCAGAUCUGCUGCACCAUCUGGGCGCUACUGUCGAACGCGUACCAGUUGCCCCGAUCACCAGCCCAGACCAUUUUGUUAACCUCGCAAAGAGGAGGGCGGCCGAGCAUGAGCGCAGGCACAACGACGGCAGCAAGGGCUUCUUUGCCAAUCAGUUUGAGUCCACGGCCAAUUGGCAGGCCCAUUUCCGCUCGACCGGUCCAGAGAUCUACCAUCAAACAGACGGCGAAGUCGACGCCUUCGUCGCCGGUGCCGGAACUGGAGGCACAAUAGCCGGCGUUGCGCGUUACCUGAAGGAGGAAGCCAACUUGCAGAACGUGAAAAUCGUUCUCGCCGACCCGCAGGGCAGCGGCCUGUUCAAUAAGAUCAAGUACGGCGUGAUGUACUCUGCCACGGAGCGUGAGGGGACCCGAAGGAGGCAGCAGGUCGACUCCAUUGUGGAAGGAAUUGGCAUCAACCGUGUGACGGACAACUUCGAGGCUGGAAGAGACCUUGUCGAUGACGCCGUCAAAGUCACAGAUGAGCAGGCGUGCAAGAUGGCCCGCUGGCUCGUCGAGAAGGACGGCAUCUUUGUCGGCAGCAGCAGCUCGGUGAACUGCGUGGCAGCAGUCGUGGCCGCCAUGAAGCUGCCGGCAGAUAGUCAGGUGGUGACGAUACUAUGUGACUCUGGUACAAGGCACCUCAGCAAAUUCUGGAAACAGAUCAAGGAGCUAGGACUUGAAGAGGAGGAGGCCACCGACGUCUUUGAAGCGCUCGGCAUAUCGAAGAAUGUUUGA